AUGGUGCGCAACAUCCACAUUGCGGUUCUCGAUGUCGAUAUUCCUGCCCGCCGGCUGUAUGAGGCACGCGGCCUCUGCAGUGCCCACUUCCGUGACAUUCUUCGAGAGACAGCAGCGCAUUUGAACAAGACUAGCCCGGCCAUCAAUGAUCCAAUUAAUAUUACGGUGACUCCAUACGAUAUCCGGGGAGGACACUAUCCUGACUUUCACUUGUUGCGUGGCCAUCCGACACAAGACCAUUUUAAUGUUGGCCACCCUAUUGAUGCCGUCCUGAUCACCGGAGGCUCUCCGGGUGUGUAUGAAAUGCCUGAAUCUCCUUGGAUGCAAGUCCUGGAAAAGUUUAUCAAGACCGUAUACAAUGAAUACCCCGAAGUUCGGCUCAUGGGUACCUGCUUCGGUCACCAACUCAUCUCCCAUGCCCUCGUCCGCAUUCCUGACGAUCCAAUUCGCGACGUUUAUGUUGAGAAGUGCCCACUCGGAAGAGAAGUUGGGAUUUACACUGUCCAACUCGAAGAUGCAUUCAUCGACCACUUCCCAUCGGCGUUGGGUCACCUCCCCCAGGGUCAACUUCGCAUUCAGAUGUUCCACGGUGACCGUGUGAUGGCCAUUGAGAAAGGUUCACCCCUGACGCUCAGUGAUACACCACCGGUUUCUUUACCUGCUCCCUGGAUUAACAUUGGAAGCACGCCUAUUUGCCCGAUUCAGGGACUUUAUAACCCAGGACGAGUCUUGACCGUUCAGGGCCACUAUGAAAUGGACGCAUUCGGGAUGAAAAAGAUGUGUGUGGAAUCGGCUCCAGUUAUGGGCUGGAAAGAAUCGAAGCUGGCAUUGUUCCUGGAACAGGUUGGACCAGAUAUGAAGGAAAGACAAGACGAUGCCAAGGCAUUCGCAUCAGCUGUGAUUUGCUUUUUGGCUGACUCUUAG